AUGGCAGAUACAGCAAGUGAUAGUCAGCCAGAGCCAGCACCACCAACGGACUCGGCCGUUUCGGACAAUUUUGGUGAUCUGCUUGCACAAUUGCUGCAGUCGUUACCUACUGAAGCAUCACGACUUUUUCUCAUGGCCCUUAGUGGUCUUUCUCCAAGUGAGAGCGCUGAACUUUGUCGCUAUGUAGAUCGACUACGUGAUGAAAAGCAGUUUCGUGUGAUUAAAGCCAUGGCAGAGUCAACCGUUGAGGGAAAGAAGAAAUUUAUAUUGAAUUUGCGCAAGAAGUUUUUAGUUCAACAAGCUAAAUUAGCUGAAGUGCAAGCACAGGAAGAGCAAAUUAUGGAGUCUCAUCUUAUGCGUAAGCAAGCACUUCAUGCUGCCAGCCGUGUGAAGAUGCUCAGUGGUGGUGCCAACAAAUUUCACUCUUUCAAUGCGGUGGUGGGACCUGAUGGUCACAGCACAGACGCCCAUAGCCACAAGGUGACGCCACAGAAAUUGGCUGGAAUGCCAAACGCAGAAGGCUUUGUAGUCGGCCGCUCAUUAUCCUCAUCAUCUGUGGUGAUAUCCAAAGAAGACAUUUCGCAGGUCGGACGGCUUUUGAGUAAUUCUCACAUUGGUGACUCGGAGAUGAACUUGCGCGAGCUGGAAAUAAGUAAAAAGGGUUUUGUCUUAAACGACAACACCACAUCGACCUUUAGCCAAAACGAUGACAUGUUAGCGGCUAAACGCGAUCGUCCGCAGAGCAGUCACAGGUUGACAGAAAGUGAAGAAAAGCCCACACAGCGCACACGAUCUGAUGCAUCGACGCCUAUUGCAUUUUGUAAUGAGAACGUCGAAAACUCAAUUGAUAACAGUGGACCGGUAGAAGAUUUGGACGCUCCCACUACCAAGCGUUGGACCAAAGGCCAGGAUGCAGCUCUUCGGGAGAGCGUGCGCAUUCAUGGUGAAAAGAACUGGAAAGCUAUUGCCGAGCUAGUGCCUGGCCGUAAUCACGCCCAGUGCCUGCAGCGUUGGCGCAAGGUGCUGAAACCAGGUCUUGUGAAGGGUCAUUGGUCGUUUGAAGAGGAUCAGGUACUAGAGUAUCUGGUGACACAAGGUUGCAAUAACUGGGGUCAGAUCGCUGAGCGCAUCCCAGGACGUACCCCAAAACAGUGUCGCGAACGAUGGAAAAACCACUUGGAUCCGGCAAUUAACAAGGGCCCCUACACUGAAGAAGAAGAUUCUGUGAUACUUACUGCGCAGGCAAGACUUGGAAACAAAUGGUCACAAAUUGCACAGCUUUUGAAAGGUCGUACCGAGGACUCGGUGAAGAUCCGCUGGAAGUCGUUGAAGCAGAACCCGAGUAAGGCCGCGGCUUCUCACGCUCAGCACAAGAAGAAUCAACAGCAGGCACAGGCUGCUGCGGCUCAGCAAGCGGCGAUGGGCUAUAGUAAUUCAGCCCUAAUGCGUCAGCGCCAGCUGCAACUUUUGCAGCAGCAACAGCAUUUACAGGCGCACAAUACUGAAGCGGUGCAUCAGCUUGAUCAGCAGCAGCAGAUGCAGCAAAUGCGUCUUCACGAAAAGCUCAUACAGCAACAAAUGCAGCAGGGUUUGCAUGUCAGUCACGUCGCCAUGUUAACGGAGGAUCUGAAAGCGGAGCCAUAUCAGCAGAAUCGUCCAAUGCUCAUGGGCCACUCACCAGGUGGCGAUUCAAACUUGUACAACGCAUCAGCUUACAACCAGCAACUAUAUGCCCCACCGCAGCAAUAUGAGGGUCAGGAAUACGCCGCCAGCAGUGGCUACGACCCGCGGUACUACGAACGCCAGACGACUAUUGGAGCAGGCAGCCGAGGCACAUCUCCUGCUCACCAGACCGAUCACCGCCAGCAAAACAGUGGUGAGGCUUGGCUUCAGCCUUCUGUGCCUUGCACAAACAGCGAGAUGGAUCAAGAUGGGGUUUCCCCGGUAGGUGGCCAACAGCAACAGCAGCAAGCUCAGCAACCUAGCACCAACGGUGUGGUUAUGUGGGAUCCUUACUCGCGGCAGGACGCAUCACAGCUAAGUCCGUUAAGUCUGCAGGCAUUAUUGCAAGAUCCUGCACGAAGUGGAUCGUUGGAUUCAAGCUUUUAUCAAUCGGUGGAGCACCAGCAGUUGCCCCCGCCUGUGACAUACGAAAUGGGUUCGUCGAAUUAUGGCAGUAUACCGACCAUGGCGUUUUCGCAGACGCAAUCGCUGUAA